AUGUGCAUCUGCUGUUGGCCACCUCAGCCGCCCCAGCAGCCUCAGCAAAGUCAGCAACCUAAAGAAGUAUUUAACACUUGUGAAGUAGCUGAGCAGUACAAGAUAACAUGUGGGGCUCCUAGCAUCUCUGCUUCAGAUUGUGAAGCUAUAAAUUGCUGCUUUGAUGGACGCACAUGCUAUUAUGGAAAAUCCGUGACUCUUCAGUGCACCAAGGACGCCCAGUUAAUCGUGGUGGUAGCCAAAGAUGUCACUCUACCCAACAUCGACUUGGAGACAAUUUCUUUCCUUGGAGAUGAUCAAAAUUGCGGUCCUGUUGGCACCACAUCAGCCUUUGCCAUCUACCAGUUCCCCGUCACUGCCUGCGGCACUGUCAUGAUGGAGGAACCUGGUGUUAUAAUCUAUGAGAACAGGAUGUCCUCCUUUUAUGAAGUCGCUAUUGGAGCCUUUGGAGCCAUUACCAGGGACAGCAGCUAUGAGCUACUUGUUCAGUGUAGAUAUAUUGGUACCACAGUUGAGGCUCUAGUCAUUGAGGUUGGCCUGGUUCCUCCACCACCCCCAGUUGCAGCUCCUGGACCCCUGCGUGUGGAGCUCAGACUGGGCAACGGACAGUGUAUUUCCAAGGGUUGUGUGGAAGAGGAGGUGGCCUACAACUCGUUUUACACGGAUGCCGACUACCCCGUCACAAAGGUACUCAGGGAUCCCGUGUACGUUGAUGUCCGAAUGCUGGAGAGGACUGAUCCCAACCUUGUCUUGACUCUUGGAAGAUGCUGGGCAACAACUAGCCCCUACCCUCACAGUCUUCCUCAGUGGGACUUGUUGAUUGAUGGCUGCCCCAACCGUGAUGAUCGUUACCUUACCACAUUGGUCCCUGUGCGUGCCUCACCAGGUCUCUUGUACCCAUCCCACCACAGCCGUUUUAUUGUCAAGAUGUUCACAUUUGUAGCUACUGGAGCUACCAAUUUCGAAAAAGGAGGAGCUGCAGAUCCAGAUGCUUUUACUCCUCUCCAGGAAAAGAUAUACAUCCACUGCAACCUAGCUGUGUGCCAGCCCUCUCUUGAAAAUAACUGUCAACCUAAGUGCUUCAGAAAGAGGAGAUCAAUUGCUGCUUCUGCCGGGGAGAGCACAAGAGCUGAGACCAGUGUGGUCAGCAGUCAAGAGAUCAUCAUUAUGGACCCAAGCAGGAAUACUCAGUAACAACAUCCAGGCAGCCUACCUGGCUAUCAUGAAAUCUCUGUUCUCAAACCUUACUUUAGGACCCGAUCAAGGA